CUAUCGAGUGUAUUCGAUUGAUGGGUGACAACUGUAGCUUUCACAUUCCAGCCGUUUAUUAUUAAUUCCAUUUAAUUGAGUGCGCUCCGCUUUGCUUGGCCAAUGUGUUUUUUGCGUUUUCUAAUGCAGGCGCGUUCGACGCUCAGCCGCUAUCUACCCGAGAAAGCGGCCAGCACCAGCGGCAGCCCGAGCUCGGGCUCCGGCUCCGGUUCGAGUUCAGCUCGGCAUUUGGAGGCGGACAGCACAGCACGGAAACUGCAUCUGGUAUUGGGCAAUGAGUCGUGCGAUCUGGACUCGGCAGUUUCGGCCUUAACGCUGGCCUUCAUCUAUGCCCAGCGAGAGCAGGGACACGAUUAUGUGCCGGUGCUCAAUAUACCGCGUCUCGAUUAUCCGCUCAAAACGGAGGUGGGUCACAUGCUCAACAGGUGUGAAAUCACUGAGCAAAUGCUGCUCUUUCGCGACGAUCUGCCCCAGCAAUUGACCGGCGAUAUCAAUGUCAUUCUCGUGGAUCAUCAUGUCAGCAAUUUGGCCAGGCAUGUUGUCGAAAUACUCGAUCAUCGACCGCUGGAAUCAAAUCCGGCCAUGCAGCUGCUGCCGGAGCAGUGCGUGCGCCACAUUGAGCCCGAGCUGGGCUCCUGUGCAACGCUCAUCGGCGAACGCUAUUUGGCCGAGAAGCAGCCGCGCUCGAGCCGAGUCACCCAGCUGCUGCAUGCCACCAUAUUGCUGGAUACGAUUAAUUUUGCGCCGGCUGCCAAACGUUUUUGUGCACGCGAUCUGGCCAUGGUCGAGCAGCUGGAGCUAAUGAUGCUUGAACCGGCAGGCGGGCAAUUCGAUGAUGCCGAGAAUAAGCGACGUCGUCGCAGCCUCUUCGAUGAGCUGGUGGCCGCACGUGCCGACAUUAGCCGGCUAACCCUGGCCGAGGUGCUGCGCAAGGAUAUGAAAAAGCUGCAGACCGAACACCAUACGGUGCCCAUGGCCGGGCUGCCGAUGCUGGUGCGCGAUUUCAUAGAGCUAAACGAUGCGGAACAGGCAAUACGCGAAUUUGCGAUGGGCAGCAAUCUGGCCGUCAUACUGGGCAUGUUUGUGCCGCCCGGCCACGGUCAGGUGGUGCGCGACGUGGCGCUAAUCUCGCUGACCGGCCAGACACAGCUGGUGGAGCGUGUGCGCAAGGCGCUGCUCGAUUGCCAGACGCCGCCGCUCAAUCUGCAGCCGCACACGAUCGAUACGCACUUCAUGGGCGGCUGCUAUUUGCGACAGCACAAUAUACAGGCCACGCGCAAGCACAUCCUGCCGGUGAUCAAGCGUGUGCUGCUCGAGAUGGAGGCCUCACAGCGCUGCGACUGCGAUGAUGUCUACUUUUUCAAGGAGAAGCCCAAGCUGGGCCUGUCCUAAACGCACCACGCAGAAGAGUUUAUCGUAUUAAAAUUCGGGGCGUACAAAACCGAGUCCGAGCUGCAUUCAAGCCAAAACUGUUGUAGCAUCAAUAACCACAACUCAGCUGUAAUAUUUCUUGUUGUUGUUGUUGUUGUUGUUGUUUUUUGUUUGUUUUUAGUUCAAUUGUAUUAAAUUAAGUACGAUUACGAUUACCAAUCUAAUCUCUAUAUCUAUAAUCUAUAUGCAAAUCGAAUUUAUGUACAUCUCCAUGAAGGACAGCUAUCGCUUCUAUCAAUUGUUCCUGAUCUGUAUAAGCAAGAGGUUAAACCCAUAUAUUAGACCGAUCUCAGCCUAUUAUUUCUCACGAUUGUUCCUAUCACACGUACAUAUAUAUAUAUAUAUAUAUAUAAUAUUGUGGCUGUUCUGAACAGCAAAAAUCAAUUCGAAUCUAAAUGUGUUAAGCGAAAUACGAAUUCUAAUCAAAAUCGGAUCUGUUGUAACAUGCAUACGAUAUGCACCAUGAGAUAUAUAUAGCAAAACGAUCUAAAUGUGAAUCAAAUCUAAUAAUUAUUCAAAUCAAAUUUAUAUAUGUGCGACAGUUGAUUAUGCGCGUUCGUUGCAAUUUGAAAAGUAAA